ACAAACUCGCGUUGUCCUCCUCCCGCUUUCCCCAUUCCGUUUCGGGACGCGACCGGCGAGCGCUGAGAAGAAGGAUCGCAUACAGCCAGGAAUAGAACGCAGCGAUGAAGACGCAAGCCCAGUUUCCGUCAUAUAGGAUUCGGCUCUUGCACGACGUCUGGCGCAUCCUCGUGCUCCCCACCAUCUCCUGCUACGCAUUCCUACGGCUCGCCGACGUUCCCCUGGGAUGGCUUUCGCCCCUGUGCUACUCGUGCUUCCUCGUUGCGUGGGGAUACGCCAAGGGCAUCUACUAUGACCGCAUACAUGCGUCUCGGGCCGCGGAGAUGAACGCGAGGAUGGUACCAAGAGCGAAGGGGAGGCUCCCGGGGAACGUGGACGUGCUGUUCAAGAUGAUGAAGGCGUUUCGGACGAGUUACGUGCUGGACGUGUAUCGGGAGCUGUUCGAGGAGCACCAGAGUAGCGUGCUGAACUUGCGCAUCCUGUGGAAGGACCAGAUCAUCACGAUGGACGAGGCGCACGCCAAGUUUGUUCUCUCGACUGGUUUCGAACACUUCUGGCGAGGACGUGCACAGAAAGAGCGCAUGGAAACCUUCCUCGGCCAAGGUAUCUUCAACCGGGACGACGACAUGUGGAAAAUGCACCGCAGUUUCACCCGUCCCUUCUUCGCCCGCGAACGUAUAUCCGAUUUCGACACCUUCGAGAGACACACCUCCCGCGCGCUCGCCAUCCUCUCCACCCACAGCUUCUCCACCCACCCGAUCGAAGUCCAAGACCUCUUUGCCCGCUUCUCGCUCGACGCCGCCUCCUCCUUCCUCUUCGGCGCCACGCUCGACACCCUCUCGCACCCCCUCCCCCUCCCGUCCUCCACUUCUUCCCCAACUACGGCCUCGGCAACCCCACUCCCAACCACCCAAUCCGACGCGACCGCCUCUGCCUUCCGCACCUUCACCGCCGGCUUCGAAUCCGCCCAACGCAUCGCCACGACCCGCGCCCGCCUGGGCCACUACUUCUGGCCGCUCGCCGAGCUGUUCGAAGACAAAUCGCUCGCGGCGCAGCGGGACAUCCGGCGCUGGCUCGAUCCACUGGUGGAACGGGCGUUAGCAGAGCGGUGCGUUGUGGAAGGGGAGGAGAAGGCGGGAGAGGAGGAGGAGGAGAGGAAGACGUUUUUGCAGCAUUUGGUGGACAGCACUGAAGAUAAGACGCUCAUACGGGAUCAGCUGUUGAACGUCCUUCUGGCCUCUCGCGAUACCACUGCGUGCCUUCUCACGUUCACCACUUACCUCCUCGCCCUCCACCCGGAUGUGAUGGUCCGGCUACGUACCGAAGUGCUCGAUCGCUGCGGCUCCUCGCGCACCCCGACGUGGGACGACGUCCGCGCUAUGAAGUACCUCCGCGCCGUCUUAAACGAGACGCUUCGGCUCUUCCCUCCUGUUCCGCUCAACGUGCGCGAAAGCCGCGCCGCGCCGUGCACGCUCCCCCGCCCUGCCCAUCCCUACACAGGCGACACCGGCGCGCCGUACUACAUGCCGCCCGAGACGGUCAUCAUGUACUUCCCGCUGCUCAUCCAGCGCGACCCCGUGCUCUGGGGUCCUGACGCGGACGCGUUUGACCCCGACCGUUGGAUAGAUCCCGCCCGGCUGGCAAAGUUCACCGGCAACCCGAUGAUGUUCACGCCCUUCAGCGCAGGCCCGCGCAUCUGCCUCGGACAGAACUACGCGCUGAACGAGGUCUCCUUCUUCCUCGUACGGCUCUUGCAACGCUUCGAUGGCGUCUCGCUCGCGCCAGACGCUCAACCGGCCGAGUCGCGCCCGCCAGCCGAAUGGAAGGCGCGCCCCGGGCGCCAGGCACACGAACGCGUCUGGCCCGCCGCGGCCAUCACGCUGUUCGUGAAGGGCGGACUUUGGGUGCGCUUCCACCAAGCGCCGUAGGCGGGUGGGGUGGGUAUCGAAGGCAUGGAAUGGGCCAACGUGGUUGCUCCUGGCUGCGGUGGGAGCUUCGCGUUCAAGAAAUCCUAAGAGGACUCUAAGGCGGAGGGGCAUGGCCGAUGGGGCAAAGAGGGGGGAAGUGGACUUCAUUGGAGAACCGGAUGAAUCCGGCUUAUUGUGGAAGGAUGCCCAAGUGCAUACUACGCUUUCGGUGCGCUCAGCCCCUCUGUAGCCCAUGCGGGGUAGGACACCCCCAACGCUUGGGCGCACAUGGCAAGUCGAACGCAGAAUGCGUUCAAUGUCCGGACCUACAUUUGAUACCCGUGCGGGGCGGUGAUCGCGACGCAUGCAUGUGUGUAUUUCUAGACGUUCGAUACACGCGAGAUGUUGUCACUGUCGUGAUUAUGAAGCAACUUGCCUUUGUUCAUAUGCUCGAGAGGUCAGAGCCGCCACAGCCGUUUGCACGUCCUCCUCCACACUUGUCGUCCGUGCCCACCGCCAACCGCCAAUCGCGCUCGAUCAUGCUGCAAAUAUCUUGCAGUGUCCGCGGGUCGUCGACGUCGCGCCCCACGGAUGCGGGAGCCCGGAGCUCGCUGAUCAUGCCCUGCACAUGCGAGAGACCGCUGCGACUCGCUGCGACGUCGGGCGUCGGGCCGAGUCAUAGACGCGCAACACGUCCGGAAGCGCGGCGCC